UGACAUCUCCGCUGCCUGCAGAGUGCAGACCACAGUCCACAGCCACGCAGCAAGGACGCAGGCGCUAAUCGGCAGUCGUCUCGGCCACUCGGCCGCCCCAUCCGUUAUUCUAUCUCCUUCAUCCAGGAGGCUCCGCAAGUCAUUGGUGAUUGGAUAGAGGAUAAUCAAUUAAAAUAUGGCGGAUUUGAAAUUUCUUGGAAUGGACUUUAGCUGUGCCUUUGGAUCUCUUAGCAAAGGCGAGUUCCCAGAAAAGGACUGUUUGCUCCCAUUAAUAUCAAAAUUCCUGGGAUAUGCAAUCGUGGCUGCUUCCACUACCGUCAAGCUUCCUCAGAUAUUAAAGAUUUUGAAACACAAAAGUGUUAGAGGGCUCAGUGUUGUAGCCUUUGAACUUGAAGUAGUUGGUUAUACCAUUGCACUGGCAUAUUGUCUUCAUAAAGGGCUUCCUUUUUCAGCUUUUGGAGAGUAUGCAUUUCUUUUGAUCCAAGCACUAAUCUUAGUUGCAACCAUCUACUACUUUUCUCAACCUUUGGGCACAAAGACAUGGAUGAGAGCAUUAUUAUACUGCGGUAUUGCGCCAACUAUUUUAGCAGGCAAGAUUGAUCCCAUGCUGUUUGAGGCUCUUUAUGCUUCCCAACAUGCAGUAUUUCUUUUUGCAAGAAUUCCACAGAUAUGGGAGAACUUUAAGAACAAGAGUACGGGAGAGUUGAGCUUCUUAACCUUUUUUAUGAACUUUGGAGGUUCAAUGGUCAGAGUAUUUACAAGCAUCCAAGAAAAGGCUCCAACAAGUGUUGCCAUGGGUUCCGUGCUUGGUGUAUUGAUGAAUGGGACCAUCUUGAGCCAGAUUAUCAUGUAUCAGAAGCCCAUUCCAAAGGAGAAGAAGAGAGAUUAGGAUUUAUAGCUUUCACCCGCAGAUCAAAUGCAUGUAUUGUACUAACAUUGUAUCCCCUGAUCAAACUCCUGCAUAGUUGGUUAUCAUUGCCUAAAAAUUCUACCUUAGACUGAUCACAAUGUGGGGUGGGAGUUAUUUUUCUUCUAAAAGUUCCAAGUACGGUUUGAUUAAUGACCAAAACAUAAAUUUCAGGGUUCAAACUAAAAUCUAUCGUGCAGAUUUAUACAGCUGUGUGAUUUUGUGCGAUUAAGGCGGGCAAUUGUAUACACGCAGCUUGAGUUUAUAUGGAGAAAUAAUCACUAUUCUGUGCCACAAGUACACGACAUUGAAGAAGUUGCCUUGUAU